AUGGCGCCAUCUGCCACCGACACUGAAUCGGCGCCACAGCCAGCCAAACAGAUACUGAUCAAGCCGUGGAACCGGCCACAGUAUACGAAAGAGGACCUUGAUUGGGCUCCACUUACAACAAUCGACCUAUCCCGUUUUGAUGAGGAAGGAGGCAAACAAUCGUUGGCCAAACAACUUUAUGAUGCCGUAACGAGAGUCGGCUUCUGGACGGUGGUUAACAGUGGCAUCGACGAUAGCAAGGUGCUCCGCCAGUUCAGCUUCGGCAACACUUUUUUCAAGCAACCAGUCGAAGAAAAGCGUUUCUUCCCAUGUAACUUUGCGGAAGGAGAGUACUUUGGCUACAGGGAGAACUCGCGCUGGGUUGGAGAUAGUGGCGUCAAGGAGAACGUCGAGAUGCUCAAUAUCCCAAAGCCCAUUCCUAUCUACGAGAAUGUGCCGAAGCACCAAAUUGUCCGUGAGAAUUGGGAGGAGAUUUCGGCAUUCCAUCGCGAAUUGUGGGACAAGGUCCUUCGAAAGCUAUAUGUGCUCAUUGCCAUCAUUCUUGAACUCCCGGAGAAUUACUUCGUGGACGCACAUGCCUACGAUGGAGAGUCCGAUGACCACCUUCGAUAUAUGAUCUACAAUGUGAGAACUCAGGACGAAUGGGACAGAGCUCAAGCGUAUACCAAAGGGGGCCAUACAGACUUUGGCAGCCUCACUUUACUGUUCUCACAGCACGUCGCAGGCCUACAGAUCCGGACGCCUGAAGGGCAAUGGAAGUGGGUAAAGCCUGUUGAAGGAGGCAUCACGUGUAACGCCGCCGACACGUUGUCUUUCCUCACAAAUGGCUUCAUCAAAUCAACAGUACACAGGGUUGUCACGCCUCCGAAAGAUCAAAUGCACAUCCCUCGUCUAGGCUUGCUCUAUUUCAGUCGCCCUGGAGCGAGGACUCCCAUGAGGACCGUCCCGUCACCUCUCCUGGAGCGUCUUGGCCUUCUAUCGGACGAGGACAAGAACCCGAACAAGUCAGUCCCGACAGGAACCGAAUAUGUGCGAGCGCGCGUCAAAGAUGUGCAUUACAAGAAAGUGAUAGAAAAGCGCGAAGGGACCUCUUUCAACUUCAAGGGGAUGAAAGUCCAGAACUACUACGACUGA